AGGUUCAACAGCAUCAUCGCAUCUCCUCGGCGAAAUUCCGACCUUCGAACUUCCAAGUACUUCAUUUUCGCCUACUCACUGUCUGUCAGUCUGCUUCGCAAUGGAGGGGCUUCUGUUCAACGUGAACAACGGCUACAUCGAGGGCAUCGUUCGUGGAUACAGGAACGGUCUACUCACAGGAUCCAACUACUCCAACCUGACACAAUGCGAGACGAUUGAUGAUCUCAAGCUUCAGCUUGGCCCUGCCUACGGCGACUUCCUAGGCAACCUCCCUCCAAACCCCUCGACUUCGGCCCUCGCAUCCAAGACGACAGAUAAGCUCGUGUCCGAGUUCCGCUAUGUGCGCGCCAAUGCUGUCGGCGCACUUGCGCAGUUCAUGGACUAUGUCACCUACGGCUACAUGAUCGACAAUGUUGCCCUUCUCAUUACCGGCACUCUGCACGAGCGCGAUACCCGUGAGCUGCUAGAACGCUGUCACCCCCUCGGGUGGUUCGAGACGAUGCCAGUCCUCUGCGUUGCAACCAACAUUGAGGAGCUCUACAACAGUGUUUUGAUUGAGACCCCCCUCGCUGCCUACUUCAAGGGCAGUCUGAGCCACCAGGACCUUGACGAGCUCAAUAUUGAGAUUGUUCGCAACACCUUGUACAAGAACUACCUCGAGGACUUCUAUAAUUUCAUCAACAGCCAUCCCGAGAUGAGCAAUACGCCAACGUCGGAGGUCAUGUCAGAGAUCCUUGAGUUCGAAGCUGAUCGUCGUGCCAUAAACAUUACCCUCAACUCCUUCGGUACUGAGCUGUCUAAGGCUGAUCGUAAGAAGCUCUACCCCAGCUUUGGCAGACUCUAUCCCGAAGGCACCUUGAUGCUCUCGAGGGCGGAUGAUUUUGAGGGCGUGCGUCUGGCGGUGGACGGCCAGUCAGACUACAAAAGCUUCUUCGACGCCGCCGGCCUUGGCGGAGGUGCAUCAGGGCCCGGCAACAUGGGUGGCGGCGCAAGUGGCGAUGGCAAGAGCUUGGAGGACAUGUUUUACCACAAGGAGAUGCAAAUCUCCAAGAAUGCUUUCACGAGGCAGUUUUCGUUUGCCAUUGUGUACGCCUGGGUGAGACUCAGGGAACAGGAAAUCCGGAACAUCACCUGGAUUGCAGAGUGUAUUGCCCAGAACCAGAAGGACCGAAUUGGCAACUACAUUAGCGUGUUCUGAUCUAAAUGUCUUGUUUUUCUCCCCAACUUCCUGUAGAAUACCAACCACCAUCCCGCAAUCCCUCCAGCGGGGUCAUCACGGCGCAAGGAGGCACCUAAGGUUAAUGACGCGCAAAAGACCGGCAUCGUUUCUGAUCAGUAUACAUAGUGUACAUAGUGGACAAUGACGAGUCUACACAUCUCUAAAACUACAGUCUUACAGGCUGAUCUGCUCCUUCCACGUAGCCGGAGAGAGUCCCAACGUCGCCAGGAGGUUGGUCCACCUCUCGCUGCCCCUCUCCUUCUUCUCCAUGUACCUCAGGAGUCUCUGCCGCCUGUGGCACAGUAGCCGCAGGUGAA